UGAAAUCCAACCGGCACGUGGCUGUCACCAACAUGAACGAGCACAGCUCCCGCAGCCACAGCAUCUUCCUCAUCCACAUCAAGCAGGAGAACGUGGAGACCGAGCAGAAACUCAGCGGGAAACUCUACCUGGUGGACCUGGCGGGGAGCGAGAAGGUGAGCAAGACGGGGGCCGAGGGGGCCGUGCUGGACGAGGCCAAAAACAUCAACAAGUCGCUGUCGGCGCUGGGCAACGUCAUCUCGGCGCUGGCAGAGGGCACGAAGGCGUACGUGCCCUAUCGCGACAGCAAAAUGACGCGGAUCCUGCAGGACUCGCUGGGCGGGAACUGCCGCACCACGAUGUUCAUCUGCUGCUCCCCCUCCAGCUACAACGACGCCGAGACCAAAUCCACGCUCAUGUUCGGCCAGAGGGCCAAGACCAUCAAGAACACGGCGUCGGUGAACCUGGAGCUCACGGCCGAGCAGUGGAAGAAGAAGUUCGAGAAGGAAAAGGAGAAGAACAAAGCUCUGAGGGAGACCCUGGCGCGGCUGGAGGCGGAGCUGAGCCGCUGGAGGAGCGGUGAGGGGCAUCCUGAGACUGGGGGGGACACCCGAGAUCCGGGGGGGCCACAACAUCCCUCGACGGGGACACCGC